AAAGGGUGUAACCUCAAGCCUUCAAAAUCCUUUGGUUGGAAGCAAGAGGAAAUCAGAAGGAAGAACGUGCCUGAAGCACGAGGACCUGCGGCAUACGAAAACAGUGCAGGAGGAACCAUGAAGAGGAACCAGUGGCGCAAAGGAGCUUUGGGAAGCGGCAGCGUCGGCACGAUGAGUCCUUCACACAGCACAAGCCUCGCACUCGCCCUACUGCUCAUCUCAGCCAUAGCCCCCUGCACAGGUGCUCCACCGUUUCUCGAUCUAGCUACUACAGAGAAUGACAAGCUGAUGAACCAGAUAGAUAGCGCAUGCUCAUCCCUCCUUCCUGAAGAACGACCCCUCAGGACACUGGACACACUGUGGGAUCUGUGUGACUGGAUGCAGGGACUGUUGCCUAAAUCUCAGGAGCCGGAAGCCCGAGAAACAACAAAAAGGUUUUUAUUUCAUUACACUAAGCCGAAUACUGGAUUGCCUGAUGGGACGUCUUCUGUGUUCCACCCUCUCCUGCAGUUAAUACCGCAGCUCCAUAACAGAAGACGCAGAAGAGUAGCAUCACAUGAGACCCCACGCCUUAUCCAGAGUAGAGGAUACUUCUUAUAUAGGCCGCGUAAUGGGAGACGGUCGACAGAAUAUGUGUUAAAAAAAUAAAUAAUAA